AUGCAACCUGCCACGAAUCCGAGCACGCCGAGUCCGGAAACGAAACACUCUAGGGGUGAAAGCAUCUCGAGUGUUAAAAAGGGGCAUGCUAGGGACAAGAGCGCCGUUAGUGUCGGCGUGGGAGAGUUCUCUCACCAGCAGAUAAUGAUUACACCAGCCAACUCUAAGAAAGAAGAGGCGGAAGACGAUAACGAUAGCUGGCAGGAGAUGCCAGCAUUUGCUCCGUACGAUAUCUAUGACGACAACAACAAGUUGAUAGCCAGAGAACACACCGUUGAGGAAGAGGAUGAAGAAAAGUACGGCUACGGGAAUCUUGGAGGCGCAGGAAAGGGCUACACUCGCGUCAUCAUGGAUGAUGAUGCCGAGUCGGCCACCAGCAUGGACGAAAACACGAAGUAUCUCUUCAAGGAGGGCAAUACCACAAGCGUCCUUCACGAUGAUGAUCAACAGCGGGAUGCUGUCUCGCAGAUGCAAGCUACCAAGGAUUUGUUGACGGAAGGGCAGAGGGUGGCCUACGUUGGGUUGACCCGGCUAGAGAUCUUCCAGCUAGUCAGGGAAGCCGAGACCAUCGAACGAACGAGGAGCACAAAGAGAGAAGUGGCGACAGGAGCCGAAGGCACGAAGAUGUGGGGUCAGAAAAUGAUGAUCAGACUAUACGCUCAUAUGGACAUCAGCGCCGCCGAACAGAUCAUGGUUGAGCAACUGAGCGAGCACGGGGUGCUGCCCUCCGACCUAACGCCUCUCCUUAUGGCCAACGCCCGAGUAAAAAAUCCCAUGGCCGAGGACAACGACAUGUCCUCUUCCGCCUCCUCUGCUGUAGGCAAAAACUCGCCUAGCCCCCGUUCAUCUGCCGCAGACGACCCAGCUCUACCGCCUACUCGGCCCGAGGAGGAAAAACCCGCCGAACCACCUACGCCGUACGAAGCUCAUCCCGUUGAGGAGAUGCCAGAGGUCAAAAUGCCCUCGCAGCUCCCUUCAACCCAAAAUCUCGAGAUUGACAUUCGCUGGACGAUUCUCUGCGAUCUCUUCCUUAUCCUCAUUUCAGACUCAACAUAUGAUGCUCGCUCCCGGCUUCUCCUGGAGCGUGUUGGGAAGAGGCUGGAGAUCGAUUGGCUGGAAAUUCGCAAGUUCGAAAAACGGGUUACAGAUGCUCUCGAGAUGCAGCAACAAGCGGAGAAGGAGAACUGGAACGAGGAGGACCACAUGGAGCACCGGAGAAAGCAAGCUUUGAAAAAGCGAUAUGUCAUGAUGGGCUUGGCCACUGUAGGUGGCGGCCUCGUCAUCGGGCUGUCGGCCGGUUUACUAGCCCCAGUCAUCGGAGCCGGCCUGGCUGCGGGAUUCACCACCAUCGGCGUCACUGGCACUUCGGGUUUUCUGGGCGGCAUAGGAGGAGCUGCCAUCAUCACAUCAGCGGCGGCUAGCUCUGGUAGCGUCAUAGGCGGCCGCGCCGCGAACCGGAGGACGGGGCCCGUGAAGACGUUCGAGUACCGGCCGCUUCACAAUAACAAGCGGGUCCAUCUCAUCGUCACCGUGUCAGGCUGGAUGACAGGCAAGGUGGAUGAUGUUCGACUACCGUUCAGCACGGUGGACCCGAUAUUGGGCGACUUGUACUCUGUUCUCUGGGAACCCGAGAUGUUGCGAAGCACUGGUGACACCAUCAACAUUCUGGCCACAGAAGCUCUCACCCAAGGUUUGCAACAAGUCUUGGGCAGUACUAUUCUGAUGGGCUUGAUGGCGGCUCUGCAGCUGCCCGUCAUCCUGACAAAGCUAUCCUACCUCAUCGACAACCCGUGGGCUGUGUCUCUCGACAGGGCCACGGCGGCGGGACUUAUCCUGGCCGACUCCCUGAUCGACAGGAACCUCGGCACUCGUCCGGUCACGCUCGUCGGGUACUCGAUUGGGGCGCGCGUUAUAUUCUCCUGCCUCCAGGAGCUGGCCCGCCGGGGCGCGUACGGCCUGGUCCAGAACGUGUACAUGUUCGGUUCACCGGUGGUGGCGAAGAAGGACGAGUUCAUACGUGCCAGAACUGUCGUCCCAGGUCGGUUUGUGAAUGCGUACCAUACGAAUGACUGGAUUCUCGGCUAUCUCUUCCGGCUCACAAAUGGUGGCAUUCGGCGGGUGGCCGGGCUUGCUCCCAUUGAGGGGCUCCCGUGGAUCGAGAACACGAAUGUGACAGACCUGGUCAAGGGCCACAUGGAAUAUCGUCGGAUGAUGCCUCGUCUCCUGCGGGAAUGCGGCUGGCCGGUAGAGAGCGACGAGUUCAGUGAGAUUGAAGAUCCUGAUCCGGAAAAUCACGAGCAACGCCAGCGAGAGCUGAUCAACGAGAUCGAGGAGGCUCGCAAGGAGCUCGAGAGGGAAGGACAGAAGUCCAAAAAGGGUGGUCGGUUCUCCCUGUUCAGUCGCAAAAAGAGACUCGAGAAGGCCGAUUGGGAGAUAUAUGACACGUCGGAGAAACAGGGGGAGAAGACCGAGGACCAGCACGGCAAUAACCACGGGGUUCUCUUCGACGUGGAUGCGAUCCGGGCCGAGCUGGCGAAAGAGGAGAUGCAAGUUAAGGAGUUGCAGUCGACACUACCACCCAUGAAACUCGACAUACGUUCAUCGUCGGCAUCCCCGAGUAUUUCACGGGAUAACCUUAGGGUUUCCCAGAGUCCGGAGGAGCUGUCGCAGCGGCCAUCUUACGACUCGAGAGUCUCGCGGGAACUCUUGACAGCUUCUUCGAAGAUCCGGGCCUCUUCUCCCUAUUACGUCGAAACGUCGGAGCCUUACAGAGACGACGAGAUCUCCAUGACGUUUGAUACCUCCUUUCAGGGUCCUCCACCGCCACCUCCUCCUCCACCAAAGGAUGACUUGAAGCCGGCAUCAAGGCCGGAGAUGAAAUCAUCCCAAACAAUGCCGAACAUGACGCUCAAGGAUCCUUGGGGCGAUCCAGAUGACGAGGACUUUGGAAAGGAGAAGGAGAUAUCGAUGACAUUUGCGUAG